UCCUUGUCCAGCUUUGGAUAAUUUUUUCUUUCUCACAUUUACCCAUUUUUCCAUCAUCCAUUUUGUAUUUGAUUCUUUUCUUCAUUUCAUAUCCUUAGGUUUCGCCUCAUUUCUGAGAGAGACUUUCUUUUGCUAUGGCUUCUCCAAUCAUCUUCCACCACUUGUUGCCUUCUUCUCCUUAAUUCCACCACAUCUUCUAGCCACGUACCACCCUUCUACUUUCCUUCACCUCAUUCAUGGCUGCAGCUAGCCAUGAGUAACAGUGAAGCUAAUUCCCCCACCAGAGAGGAUCAAAAUGAGAGGCAAGAAAUGGAGCAAAGAGGCAAUAUUAGAUUCAAUUUACCUGGAGAUGGGUAUGAAUGGAAAAAAUAUGGCCAAAAGUUCAUUAGAGGCAUUGGAAAAUUUAGGAGCUAUUUCAAGUGCCAGAAAGCUAGUUGUAUGGCCAAGAAGAGAGCUGAAUGGUGCCCUUCUGAGCCAGGUAAUGUUAGAAUUGUGUAUGAGAAUUCCCACUCUCAUGGCUCAAAUGAGUCCACCACUGCUGCUGCUGCUGCCUCUUCACAAUCUUCAAAUAAUGCUAAUCAAUAUAACUUGUUAACUCAAGUUUUGGGAGAUCAAUCUUUUGCAGCUUCUUCAAGGUCUAGCUUUGGAUCAUGAUCAGAUUUAGUUUGUUCUAUCAAUGAACUCAAAAUCCCACCUCACCUGAUCUCUUAUUUUCUCCUUCUUUAUGAGGCUUUUAUGGGAUGAUCAUUUGAAGUUCCAAUAAUUUUCAACUGUUACUAAUUCUUUUUCCCAGAGCAGCCAUUUCACUGA